UCUUCAGCAGUAUUGUCUGUUACUAAGCUCAAAGCAAACAGAGGCUUGGAGGAUGAGUGAGCUGGAGCAGUUACGGCAGGAAGCGGAGCAGCUUCGGGGUCAGAUCAAGGAUGCUAGGAAAGCAUGUGGUGACACAACACUCAGUCAGAUGACAACAAGUCUAGAUUCUGUGGGAAGAAUCCAGAUGAGAACAAGGCGUACACUUCGGGGUCACUUAGCUAAGAUUUAUGCCAUGCACUGGGGAUAUGACUCAAGGCUACUAGUCAGUGCUUCCCAAGAUGGAAAACUAAUCAUUUGGGAUAGCUAUACAACAAAUAAGAUGCAUGCCAUUCCUUUGAGAUCCUCCUGGGUGAUGACCUGUGCUUACGCUCCCUCUGGGAAUUAUGUUGCUUGUGGUGGUUUGGACAACAUCUGUUCCAUCUACAACCUGAAAACCAGAGAAGGCAAUGUGAGAGUGAGCCGGGAGUUGCCAGGCCACACAGGCUAUUUGUCCUGCUGCCGUUUCUUAGAUGACAACCAAAUUGUUACAAGUUCAGGAGAUACAACCUGUGCUUUAUGGGACAUUGAAACUGGCCAGCAGACCACCACAUUCACUGGACAUACUGGAGAUGUGAUGAGUCUCUCUCUAAGUCCUGACAUGAAAACUUUCGUUUCUGGUGCUUGUGAUGCCUCUUCUAAACUCUGGGAUAUCCGAGAUGGAAUGUGUAGGCAGUCUUUCAUUGGGCAUGUGUCAGAUAUUAAUGCUGUCUGUUUCUUUCCUAAUGGGCAUGCUUUUGCCACUGGCUCUGAUGAUGCCACUUGCCGACUCUUUGACCUUCGUGCAGACCAAGAGUUGAUGAUGUAUUCUCACGAUAAUAUCAUCUGUGGAAUCACUUCUGUCGCCUUCUCAAAAAGUGGGCGCCUCUUGCUAGCUGGUUAUGAUGAUUUUAACUGUAAUGUAUGGGACACGUUGAAAGGAGAACGUGCAGGUGUCCUUGCUGGCCAUGACAACCGUGUCAGCUGUCUAGGUGUUACUGAUGAUGGCAUGGCUGUAGCAACAGGAUCUUGGGACAGUUUUCUUAGAAUCUGGAAUUAACUGGGUUGUAAUGUUUUACAUUCUCCGUUGAGAUCUGGAGAGAUCAAUGCUGCAGCCUGUAGCUGUGAAAUAACAUUUCUACCUUGUAUUUGCAGGUGAAGUUUGGUUUUUUUCCUAGUCACUAUUACACACACACACACACACACACACACACACACACAAAGGCUUUCUGUAAAC